UAAAUAGACCUCAGAGUCAGAUUUUUCUUAGGUUUUGGUCAUUACCAGCUCCAUAGGGUGUUUCUCCUUGGCUGAGGAAUAGUUUGCUGUUACCAAUGCAGAGGGAAGUGGCACCAUGUUGGGACCUCUCAGUCACCGUGCUGCGAGCCAAGUUCAGCCAUUCGCAAGACUACUUUUCUCAGUCUGACCUUUAUGUGAUCCUGAGUAUGCCCACGGCUUCGGUCCAUACUAGGAGGACUAAGAGCAUUCCUAACUCCAAUGCACCCGAGUGGAACGAGACCUUCCACUUCUGUGUGAACAGCCACGUCAAGAAUAUUCUGGAGCUAAAAGUUUAUGAUGAAGAUUUUCGGCAAGAUGACCUCUGCACCUGGCUCUUCUUCGACAUCAGCACCCUCACACUGGGCAAGAAGGAGACCAAGGUCUUCAUCAUUGAUAAAAACAUGGAGGAUAAGCUGUGGGUGGAUUUUGAGAUCACAGAGUGCCCUGAAGCAUCUCGAGAAUAUCUCUCCAACGAGGUUCUUGUGGCGGCACCGCUAUCCAUUGUGGAGGUGACAAUAGAUAAACUACCACUUGAGGUGCAAAAGAACAUGCUGUUAAGGUUACGAGGGGCGUAUAUUGAAGACCAAUUCAUCUCAGCUUCUAAGAAGAGCAGCCUCAUGCAGACUCUUCACUACUACAUCAACAAAGACCUGGAGACCAAGAUUGAGCUUCAGGCGGAUGGGAAGGAAGCAAAUCCAGCAUCAUCUCCUGCAUUUACGUUAUCGCCUGCAUCCACAUCAGCAUUCACAUUCUCAUUUCCUGAAGUAAAGGACACUGUCAAUUUACAGGUGAACACAAUACAGAGCUUUGAGGAAGACAUGAAGGUGCGUCUGGAUUUUGACAUACCUCCAGAGGAGAAGGCAUUUCUGGUGAAGAGGAAAGAGGUGGUGUCUCGCACACUGGAGAAAGUUCUCAAUCUCAAAUAUCCUCUGGAUCUGAGUCAGGUGCCAACGGUGGCUGUGGUGUGUUCAGGAGGCGGCUCGAGGGCCAUGACGGGUAUGUAUGGCUCUCUGAGGGGACUGCAGAGUCUCGGCUUGCUGGACGCCAUCAGCUACAUCACCUCUGUGUCUGGCUCCACCUGGGCUAAUGCGUAUCUCUACAGUGACCCGCUUUGGUCAAAGAAAGACCUGGAUGAGUCAAUACUGUCUGUGAAGAAUGAGCUCUCGAAGAGUAUGAAAAGUCUGUUUGAUCCCAGCCGGCUGAGGUAUUACUACUCCGAGAUACGGCAGAAACAGAAGGAAGGGCACUUUGUCUCUCCGAUCGACAUGUGGGGGCUCACGAUAGAAAACGCCAUUUAUGGAAAGAAACAUACAGCUACACUGUCUGACCAGCAGGAGGCAGUCUCUGAGGGCCAGAACCCUCUCCCCAUCUACACGGCUGUCAACAUGAAGGAUGCUGGUGGCUCCAUGGUGGCUGAGUGGUGUGAGUUUACUCCAUUUGAAGUGGGAUUCCCCAAAUAUGGAGGCUUUGUGCCUACAGAACAUUUUGGUAGUGAGUACUACCUUGGUCAUCUGGUUAAGAAACUACCAGAGAUACGAGUCUCCUUCCUGUUGGGAAUGUGGAGCAGUGUGUUCUCUGCUAACCUCAUGCAGGUCUGGACACACGUCACUGGAGCGAUGCCGUCCUGGACUUCGUGGUUGGGAGAGGAUGUGUGCAGCAUCGAGACGGAUGAUAAGCGGUCGACCCUGGAUACCAUGCGGCUCAGUUCACAGGCUUCGAUGCUCAGCAACUUUAUGCACGGUCGUCCCAUGAUCUGCAGUGUGUUCAACUUCCUGAGAGGAUUCUUCCUGCACAACCAGUACAGUAAAAGCCCGACCUUCAACCUCUCCAAAGGUCGCUUUACAAUAAUAAGCAGGGGAAAAAAAAAAGUCCACCAAAUAGAGGUCAGGAUGUCAUUCCAGUGGUGUAGCGGCCACAGUCCCACCAAAGGGUGCACGAAAACAAGUCGCACAUCUCCAGCACAGCCGCCGUGACGCCACCAGCAACAUCGCUCGAACACCACGCCAUGGAUCCACAAAGCAAGCACAGAAGCACCGCCAUGCAGAGCGCUGGUAUGUCCCAAACCACCUGCACAGCCGCCGCGACGCCACCGAGCAACAUCACUCAGAACAUCACGCCAAGCAUUAAAGCACAGAGCGCUGGACAACCACGAUGUUAAAAUGAGCAACGAGCUCACUGCAGUCCAUAGCUGGGAGCACAGGCAUCACCCACAGCGACCCGAGGUCUGGAGGGAACUGACGUGCAAAACUGGGUCCGGAGCUACACCACAACCGGCAGACAAAAACACUCAAAUGAGCAUCAAACACAGAAAAAAGAAAAAAAAAUUAAAAUAAAAAAAGCAGAGAAAAUAAAAUAAAGCUCUGGUGAGAAGCGGCAGCCAGAAUGCGCACAACGUACUCAACCGGAAACCGGAAAAACAUAUUGAUGCCGAGUCACACUAAAUAUUUAGUUUUGAAAUCGAUCAAAUAAAUCACAAUCCCACCUUCCCUUUGAAUAGUUUUAGACCAAACUUUGGAGCAUCUUUAGUGCUUUUAGGAACAGCAUUUUCUUUCAUCGUCUGUAAUUCUUCCUCACUUACGGUGACGAAGCGAUUGGACGCCAUUUUGCUGAGUCGCUCGAGGUGAUCAUCAAGAAAUAUUCUAUCCACAUUCACUGGAUAUGAGCAAUCGUGCACUCUGAUUUGGCUACUCGACUACUAGGAUAUCAGUUCAUAUACCAUGAGUAGAGAAAAACUAAAUGGUGGAGUGUGUUGCUGAACCAACCGAGGAUGAAAUAAAAACUCUACUCGGAAACAAAAACCCCCAAAAUAGAA